AUGACUGAUUAUUCAUCAAAAUCUUUGGAGUUGCCCCCAAAAGUGAAAAACAUUUUGCUUCUGGAUUCUGAAGGAAAGCGUAUAGCGGUGAAGUAUUACUCAGAUGACUGGCCGACGAAUACAGCAAAGGAAGCAUUUGAAAAAACUGUGUUCACAAAGACUCAGAAAACAAAUGCCCGUACUGAAGUGGAAGUGAUGGCACUGGAGAAGAACAUAAUUGUGUACAAAUUUGUGGAAGAUGUCCAUUUCUUUGUUACGGGUGGUGAAGAGGAAAACGAGCUUAUCUUAGCCAGUGUGCUUCAGGGACUCUUUGAUGCAGUGAACCUUCUUCUUAGAGGUAGUGUUGAUAAGAGGGAGGCACUAGACAAUCUUGACCUCAUCUUUCUAUGCAUUGAUGAAAUUAUUGAUGGCGGUAUUAUUCUGGAGACGGAUGCAAAUGUGAUUGCAGGAAAAGCAGGGAUCAAUAGCGCUGACCCUAACGCUCCUCUAUCGGAGCAGACGAUAAGUCAGGCGUUCGCGACUGCAAGAGAGCAUUUGACAAAGUCACUUAUGAAAUGA